AUCUUAUUCACCUUUCUUAUCGCUUCUGAAGCUGUUUCCAUAUCUUUUGCUUUGUCAGUUUUCUUGAUUCCUCCUCCUUCGGCAUCGUCUUCCUAUAGAAUUCAGAAUUCACAGAAAAAUGGUAUAUUCGAAAAGUAUUUUAGACUCAAAGUCGAAGGUGUGGAGGGGUAUAUGGUACGCGGAGGCGCCUUCAAGGUGCAAGAGCGUGGCGUGGCGAGCGUGCAAUGAGGAACUGCUGGUGAAAUCUUUGUUGGUAGAGAAACGCAUUCUGAACGAUGCCACGUGUCCAUGCUGUGGCAAGGCCGAGGAGACGACGGUGCAUGCUUUGCUGCAGUGUGAGGAGGUUAAGCGCAUCUGGUUUGCGUCGCCGCUGGGGCUGAAAGUGGGCGAAGUGAAGAAGAUGUCGCAAUUUGUCGAACAGUUUGCGCACGUUUUGGACGAGAAAGCCAUGGGCCUGGUGUGCGCCAUCAUUUGGUCAGUGUGGCAGAGACGCAAUGUGAGGGUUUUCGAAGACAAGAUACUGGAUUGCGAGCACGUUAUGGCCAAAGCCUGGUCCAUGGUCGCUCCCCAAAAAUGGGUCCCACCACCGGUUCAGAACGUUAAGGCCAAUUUUGCUGCUCUUGUGAUAGACAAUCUUGGUACUGGAAUGGGAGUUGUAUUUAGAAACUCUUCCGGUGUAGUUCUAGCAUCAGGCACCAAUCUUCUUGAAGAAGAGACUUAUGAUCCUAAAAUUGCUGCUGCAUUGUGCUUCAAAUGGGUGGCAGAGCAAUCAGGGGAACUGGGUUUUUCAAAUAUUAUUUUUGAAAGUGAUUGCAAAAUUUUACAGAUUCAUUGGAACCUAAUAUCUGAAGGAAAAGGUAUGAGUGAUGUUUCGUACCUUGAUUCGGUUCUGGAAGAUUGCAAAGUCAUGAUCGAGGGGACAGGAUCAUCUUUGUCACUGGUGCUUCCCACAGCCAACAAAGUGGCACAGCGUUUGGCCGAAGCAGCUUUUGGUUAUGGCGAGAAGAUUUGGAUGAAGGUCGUGCCCAAAGAGGCCUCACUGAGUUUAGAGUCUGAUAUGGCAGCCAUUGCUGAUAAAUAAAACCGCAAUACUCUCAUACGUUGUUACAGUCUGGAUUUACAGUAUGUGCUAUGAAUUUAAUUUUCUAUACAUCUCUAUACAAACUCUUUAUCAUAUAUGUUUGAGU